GGCUGUUCCUUUCAAAGUUUACCCUUCUCAGUCCUGCAACAGCACCUCCAGACCAGCCUCUACGAGCUAACCUGUCCGUCUACCUGACCUAGGACACCUCUACCUGUUUCUGAGUUUACCUUUUUUCUUUACCUGUGAACUGACUGAGGGACAAAAAGAAUAUUCAGGGCCGCAAUGGGGAACACAACGGAGAGUGGUGAGCUGAACAAAGGCGUGGAGGUCACCUACCAGAUAAUCCUACCCAUACUGGUGGUGGCAGGCAUAGUUGGCAGCGUCGUCAGCAUCCUGGUGCUCAUCCAAUCGAACCUCAAGAAAGCCAUCGGUAACAGAUACUUCCUGGCACUGUCGUGCUGUGACCUGUGCCUCAGCAUCUCGUACAUCAUCAUCGCCGUCACAGCCUGCGGUUGUGACUUCGAGUGGUAUUCCUCAGCCUGGUUCUUCGCGCACUUUGGCUGGAGCGUCACAUGCACAUUCCACGCGCUGGGAACCUACAUCGUCAUCUUCAUGUCACUGGACCGGUUCGUGGGCGUGUGGUUCCCACCGACGUACAAGAUACUGACUCAACCGCCUUACGACAUCACCAAGAGGCUGGUGUUUGCCGUCGUGUUGUGCUUCGGCCUGCACGUGCCCUACAUGGUGGACGCCGAGGUGCUGUGCGUGGAUCCGUCCGUCAACAAAACCAUGACCUACGUCGUUCAUGCGAAGGACAACUGCACCAGCGACAUCUACAACACCAACGACGGCUUCCAAAAGAGCUUCAAGGAGCCAUGGCACGAAGUGUACCGCUACAUCUACAACCUGCUGGUGCGCUGGCUGCCCUGCGCCCUGCUGAUCGUCCUCAACUUCGGACUGGUGCUGGCGGUGGUCAUCGGGAGGGUGAAGCUACCCCGUUCCCGGGAUGAGGUAAAGGCCAAGGUGUCAAAGCUCGAGUCUCGGGCGAAGCGACAACUCAAGAUAAACAAACAGGAGAAGGUGUUAGUGGCAACAGCCAUAGCCAUGACGGCCUCCUACGUGGUAAUGACGAUGCCCAUCACAAUCUUCCUGACAGGCUACGCUAAGUCCAACGAUAAUCGCUGCACGGAGUCCAGCCCCGCGGAGACACUGAGGCACGUGGGGAACAUCGCCCAGAUACUGGAGCACGUGCUGCAUGGCGUAUACCUCCUCCUUAUCAACCCGUCCUUCCGACAGGAGCUGCUCUGCCUACUACAGUGCAAGAAGUCACCCGACGAUGGGCAUUCAAGCGUUGACCAUUCUCUGUCCAAUGGUAACCGCCCUCUCAGCAGAAGCUUCCGCUCCAUCAAGGCUUGCAGGGACUCCAUUGCCCACGGACCUGUGGUCGCUGACACUGUGGCAAAGGAGACUUCAGAAGAAUUAAAAUCACUCGGCAGAGACUCCUUAAAAGAGACCUCGAAGCCUCUCAGCCACUGUGUUCCUCAUGGUUUCAGUGGACCCAAUGCAGCAGUCAAAACCCCGUCCAGUUACACUUAA